ACCAAAUGAAGAAAUAGUAAUAUAGUUAUUUAAAAAAAAUUACAAUCUAAACUAAUUUUCCGUUAUAAACAGAUAUGAAAACUACGAACAAAGUUACCGAAAUUGUUAAAAAAUACAGGGCUUUUGUUCAAAAAUACAUAGAUCUGCAUAUAUAUGGAGCAGCAUUGUUCUGGGCAGAUAAAGUCGUAACACUCACUGAUAACCCUAGAGACAUUUACUGGUUAGCGCAAUGUAUGUAUUUGCAAAAGCAGUAUCAUAGAGCUGCAGCUUUAUUGCAGUCAAAGGGGCUUGAUAAAAUUAAUAUAUUAUGUACUUAUCUGACGGCCAGAUGUUUUUACGAAUCAAAUGAGUUAAAUGAAGCACUUAAAAUAGUAAACAACAGUGAUAUAAACAAUAUCUUUGCAAAUAUAAGUUUUGCUCCGAAUAUAUCAGAGAUUGAACUGAUAUUGUAUGAUGACACACCUAAACAUCAAUCUUUGUCAGCCUUUUUCUUACUGAAAGGCAGAAUUUUAGAAGCAAUGGAUAACAGAGGUUUAGCAGCAGAAUGUUAUAAGCAAGCUCUUUAUUACGAUGUUCAUUGUUUUGAAGCCUUUGACUUACUUAUUAAGUAUCAAAUGUUAAGUGCUGCAGAAGAAGAGGAACUUCUGAGAUACAUCCCAAUUGACCAGCAGUGCACUCCAGACGAAGCAGAAGCUAUCCGAAUGCUCUACGGAUUAAAACUUAAAAAAUAUCACAUCCCAGUGGUGGAUGUAAUCCGUCAUCCUCCCACAAUCCUUUUAAACAACAAAAGAGUCAGCAGUACUCCAGGCUGCGUCAAAUCGCUUCCUUCUUCACCAAGUCUACAUACCGCACCAACCUCAAUAAGUACGCCUACAGUAGCGCAAUUCCAUGAACGAAAUUCGCGAUCUAAAUCGAUUACUGGCGAGAGAAUAAGGGGAGAUAGAGUGGACACCUCCAUAUUGACUAAAUUACGUGAAUGUCUCGAAGCGGCCGUGGCCCAAGCAGAAAUGUAUUAUUAUAACUGUGAUUAUCGAAGCUGUAUAAACUUGACCGAGCAGAUUUUGAAUAAGGAUCCGUAUCAUGAAGCUUGUUUACCCAUUCAUAUUUCGUGUUUGUCGGAGUUAAAGGAAAGCAUUAAGCUAUUUUCAUUAGCGCAUAUGCUGGUCGAUCUUUACCCCAAUUUGGCCAUAUCUUGGUUCGCCGUUGGAUGUUAUUAUUAUGUCAUAGGUAAAAGUGACUAUGCAAGACGGUACUUAGCAAAAGCCACUUGUCUCGAUAGACUUUUCGGGCCAGCUUGGCUCGCAUACGGACAUUCGUUUGCCAUCGAAAAUGAACACGAUCAAGCUAUGGCCGCCUAUUUCAAAGCAUCUCAACUUAUGAAAGGCUGUCAUCUGCCGCUUCUUUAUAUUGGCUUAGAAUGCGGUCUUACAAACAAUGCUAGACUAGCCGAAAAAUUCUUUCAUCAAGCCCAAGUUAUCGCACCCGAGGAUCCAUUUAUUUUCCACGAAAGAGGAGUGAUUUGUUUCCAAAAUCAGGAGUUUGAAGCUGCGGAACAACAUUUUAAAGAGGCUUUAGAUAAGAUAAAAAGGAUAAAACAGUGGCCUAUACCGAUAACGUGGGCUUCUUUAUUAAACAAUUUAGGACACACUUGUAGGAAAUUAAGAAAGUAUGAAGAAGCAAUAGAGUACCAUAAUCAAGCCAUGUCUUUACAGCCUCAAAAUUCGGCAACUUUAUCAGCAAUUGCAUAUGUUCAUGUUUUAAUGGAUCGUUAUACGGAGGGAGUGGAGUGGUUCCAUAAGGCUUUAAGUUUAAAGAGAGACGACACAUUUAGCACGACAAUGUUAAGUUACGUUGUCGAUCAAUGUGCUGAAGAGGAAAAACCAUUUGAAGAUUGUCCUCAAGACUUGCCCGAAUUUGAGCGGAAACCAAAAGUUACUUGUAUGGAUCAAACUGAUGUUAGUUUCUAAGAUUAGAGUAUUUUAAUAAAAUAUGUUUUUUAA